AUGGCUUUCAGAGCUCAUUUUAUUUGAAUGUCUGGACUUUAUAUAAUUUCAUCCCUAAGAAACCAAUUAUGGAUAUCCUAUGGAUUUUAUGGACACUACCCUCGGUCCUGGCUAUUGAAGAAAUGUUGAUGGACUCCACCACAGCGACCGCAGAGCUCGGUUGGACAGUAUAUCCAGCGUCCGCAACCGGUGACAGCAGUAUAAGUUGGGAAGAAGUAAGUGGGUACGAUGAGAACAUGAACACCAUUCGUACCUAUCAGGUGUGUAAUGUCUUCGAUGCCAACCAAAAUAACUGGGUGCGCACCAAGUACAUCCAAAGACGAGGGGCUCAACGCAUCCACGUGGAGAUGAAGUUCUCUGUGCGAGACUGCAGCAGCAUCCCAGGAGUCCCUGGUUCCUGCAAGGAAACGUUCAACCUCUUUUACUAUGAAUCAGACACCGACAGGGCCACUAAAGACUUUCCUCCAUGGAUGGAAAACCCUUGGAUCAAGGUGGAUACCAUUGCUGCAGACGAGAGUUUCUCGCAAGUAGACCUGGGCGGACGUUUGAUGAAGAUUAACACAGAGGUUCGCAGUUUCGGCCCCAUCUCCCAUAAAGGUUUCUAUCUAGCCUUCCAGGACUACGGAGGGUGUAUGUCGUUAAUUGCUGUGCGAGUGUUCUACCGGAAGUGCCCUCGCACUAUUCGGAAUGGAGCCUUAUUUCAGGAGACGCAUUCGGGAGCAGAGAGCACCUCACUGGUGUUGGCGAGGGGAGAGUGCAUCCCUAAUGCGGAGGAGGUUGACGUUCCCAUUAAACUGUACUGUAAUGGAGAUGGGGAAUGGAUGGUCCCUAUUGGCCGCUGUAUGUGUAAAGCAGGUCAUGAGGCAGUGGAGAAUGGAACUGUUUGCAGAGCAUGCCCUUCAGGUUUCUUCAAGACAGCACAAGGUGACGAGAAAUGCCUGCAGUGUCCAAUCAACAGCCGCACAACCAACAACGGAGCCACCAACUGCGUCUGCAGAAAUGGAUAUUACCGCACAGACUCGGACCCCUUAGAGAUGCCCUGCACAACUGUGCCGUCGGCUCCUCAAAACGUCAUCUCCAGUGUGAACGAGACGUCACUAAUGCUGGAGUGGAAUCCUCCGCGGGAGACUGGCGGUCGUGAUGACGUGGUCUACAACAUCAUCUGCAAGAGCUGCGGAGGUGGCAGAGGGGGCUGCACGCGAUGUGGGGACAACGUGCAGUUUGUUCCACGGCAGCUGGGACUCACCGAGACCCGGGUCUUCAUAAGUGACCUGCUGGCCCACACCCAGUACACCUUUGAAGUCCAGGCUGUCAAUGGAGUAUCGGACCAGAGCCCUUAUUCACCCCAAUAUGCAUCAGUCAACAUCACUACUAACCAAGCUGCUCCUUCUACAGUGUCUAUCAUGCAUCAGGUCAGUCGCACCAUUGACAGCAUCACUCUCUCCUGGUCCCAGCCAGACCAGCCCAAUGGGGUCAUACUCGACUACGAGCUGCAGUAUUAUGAGAAGGACCAGACGGAGCAUAACUCUUCCAUAAUAAAGAGUCAAACCAACACCGCAGUUAUCCGUGGUCUCAAACCCGGAGGCAUCUAUGUCUUCCAGGUCCGAGCACGUACGGUGGCAGGGUUCGGACGGUACAGUGGCAAGAUGUACUUCCAGACCAUGACUGAGGAGGAGUACAACACUAGCAUUCAAGAGAAGCUGCCUCUCAUCAUUGGCUCGGCGGCUGCUGGUCUGGUCUUCCUCAUUGCGGUGGUGGUCAUCAUCAUUGUUUGCAACCGACGUGGAUUCGAGAGAGCAGAUUCAGAAUACACAGACAAGCUGCAACACUACACCAGCGGCCACAUAUCACCAGGAAUGAAGAUUUACAUUGAUCCAUUUACGUAUGAAGACCCCAAUGAAGCUGUGAGGGAGUUUGCUAAGGAGAUUGACAUCUCAUAUGUGAAAAUCGAGCAGGUCAUUGGAGCAGGCGAGUUUGGAGAGGUGUGCAGUGGUAACCUAAAGCUCCCAGGAAAGAGGGAAAUGUUUGUGGCCAUUAAAACACUGAAGACUGGUUACACAGAAAAGCAGAGACGAGACUUCCUGAGUGAAGCCAGCAUCAUGGGGCAAUUUGAUCACCCCAAUGUGAUCCAUUUGGAGGGAGUGGUGACCAAGAGCAGCCCUGUUAUGAUCAUCACAGAAUUUAUGGAGAAUGGCUCAUUGGACUCUUUCCUCAGGCAAAACGAUGGGCAGUUCACUGUGAUUCAGCUGGUGGGCAUGUUACGAGGGAUCGCCUCUGGGAUGAAGUACCUUGCAGACAUGAAUUACGUGCACCGGGACCUAGCGGCCCGCAACAUCUUAGUUAACAGUAAUCUUGUAUGCAAGGUGUCCGAUUUUGGACUCUCACGGUUUCUGGAGGACGACACAUCUGAUCCCACCUAUACCAGUGCCCUGGGUGGGAAGAUCCCUAUUCGAUGGACAGCCCCAGAGGCCAUCCAAUAUAGAAAGUUCACCUCCGCCAGUGACGUAUGGAGCUACGGGAUUGUCAUGUGGGAAAUAAUGUCGUAUGGAGAGCGGCCAUAUUGGGACAUGACCAAUCAAGACGUCAUCAACGCUAUUGAGCAAGACUACCGGCUGCCCCCUCCCAUGGACUGCCCCAGUGCCCUCCAUCAGCUCAUGUUGGGCUGCUGGCAGAAAGACCGUAACAACCGGCCCAAGUUCAGCCAGAUUGUCAACAACCUGGACAAGAUGAUCCGUAACCCCAACAGCCUGAAGGCCAUGACUCCACUCUCAUCAGGUGUGCAUUUGCCCUUGCUUGACCGCAGUGUGCCUGACUUCUCCAGUUUUAACACUGUGGAUGAUUGGCUGGACGCUAUUAAGAUGGGCCAGUACAAAGACAACUUCGCCAAUGGCAACUUCACCAGCUUUGACCUCGUUUCCCAGAUGACCAUGGAGGACAUUCUCAGGGUCGGAGUGACACUAGCGGGUCAUCAGAAGAAGAUUCUCAACAGCGUUCAGAUGAUGAGGGCACAGAUGAACCAGAUCCAAUCGGUAGAGGUUUGACCACAUGUCCUGAUUAGACUGGGAGGACGAAAAGAGGAGGCAGUGGAGGCCAACGUGAAGGGAUGGGGCGGCCACCGCAGACCCUAAGCCUGAUUUUCCUUCUGGACCACCUAGGAUAUCCACCUGCCCCCUUCUCCGAAACACUCUCGUUCUCCAUCUGUGUCAUCUGAAUCCCCCAUUAACCCCCAGACACCCUAAUGGGCUCGACUCUGGAAAACUGCGUCUGAAAAAUAUGGUCACAACACCUGAUCGUUUAGCUUUAGCCACCCCCAAUCACAGGGUGACCAUCAGUCUGCCAGCAAUAGGCUCCACCCUGUAUUUUCCUUGAAUUUUCUUUCCAAUUUUCUUCUUUUCUUUGUCUUCUUUUUAAAAGAGUUUUUGUAAAGAAUUUUUAAAGCUAUGAAAACAAGGAAUCUAUAUAAAAUAUAUAGAUUGGUGUAAAAUUGCAGACUGAAUAUGGUGGACUGAAUCGAAAGGCUACCCUUUAAAAGGGCAAUGAAGAAACAGGAAUUAAAAGAAGAGAAAAAAACUCGCCCCACAAUACGUGCUUCUGAGAUUUUCUUUCUAAUAUUUUAGUCUGCUCAAUGAAUACACAUGGGACAACCUGCGGGACCUUAAAACCCCUCGCUGACAGCCGAGGGAAAAGUAUGUGGACAACAUGAAAUGGGACUUCCUUUUGGCAGCCGAUUUUUUUUCUUUUUUUUUAACUAUAUCAACAUAAACAAACAGACAAAUGGAGGGGAAAGAAAAUAGUUAUAACAGAAUUUUUGGUGCAGAUUUCUCAUUGCUUGGGGGGAGAAAAAAUUUAAUAUUUUAAAGAUUUCAUAAGAGCCUGCCAAACAGAGCAUCAUCCCUUUGUACCUCGUCCUGUACAUAUCAGAUGCAUUUGACGUUGUGAGGUCAUCAGUACAAGCCUGAUGUAGUCCAACGUUAAGUUUCAGUUUCAGUAUAAGAUGGAUCUACACUGACAUUUGAUGGAUUUUCUUUCAUGUGCAUGUGUGUAGAUGACUUGAGGGGGUCAUCUUUUAUAUUCUUCCUCCUUUUAGUCAUGGGCUGAGAUGAUUUAGUUUGAAAGACGUAAGAUAUUCUCCCCCGCAGAUGCAUUAAGGAACAUUUUUAGCCUGUUCUUUACAUGAACUGCUUACAGAAAAGGACCCCGAGUGUAUGUAUGCUGUGGUCUUCACAUCCUCUACGCUCUUCUCUUAUGUUUGGAUCCCUGCCGUGUGCGUGCGUGCGUGUUUGCGUAAGGGCCUCAUGGAGCUCCAGUUCACAGGAAGCUUGGGUUUGAUAAACUUUGCAGAUCACUGUGUUGAUAUGCUUAUUUUUUUGCCACCUCAAUCAUAAAAAAAUAUGUUUUAUAAUAAGGUGUUUAGGGGUUUUAAUAUCUGAUAAAGUAUGCAGUUAGAGGACAUUUUCAUAACAGGGAAGUGAUUGUCCAUUGUGAAGCAUAGUUUUAUAUGAGGAUAUUGUUAUUGUAUGAUAUUUUUGAACUGGUUACAUUCACUAAUUGGGGCCAAGCUUACAUUUGGAGUUUCAUAGGACAUUUAAAUUAAAUUAGUGUGUAUAGGUGUUAUAUUAUUUUUUACAGAAAAUACAUCCUACCGUUCUCCAUGGUAUGGUACUUCCACAAUGCUCUCUGUGAUUUUUAACCUCUAUGAUAGGCGUAAGAACAAUACAACUCUGUAUAUAAUAUUCUGAAGCAGAAACGUCCCCCUCAGAGAGAGGUUUUUUUUUAAACUGUUGAAUUUGAGUGUACAUAUUACUAUUUUUAUGCGUUGGUAAAACUGAAUUUAUUUUGGGCCUUUCGUUUUGUACUAGCUGAGAGAUGAGAAGCAGCCGUAGAGAUGAACAGGCCAGAGGUAUCUUCAACCAUGCUGGAGUGUCUAUGUGUGUGAAUGAGUGUGUUUGUGUGUUUGCACAUGCAGGUACGUCCACUUACCAGCAUUAAGGUCACUGUGCUUAACAAUAUACUUCUCGCUCAGCCAUCGAGGGGCUCGUUGUACUCCAUAACCUCAGGGUUAACAUGUAUCUGUGUUAAAAGCAUGCAGUACUGUGAGGUCAGUUUACUGUAGGUAAGGUCCACGGCUGAAUCUCAGAGUGCUGCUGAAGUUCUAAACAGAUGGUGUUGACCGUUCUCUGUUCUUCCCAUUACAUAAUGCUUCCAUUAGACUGAAGAAUCAGUCGUUCAGUGUUUGGGCAUGAAACACAACUUCCAGCAGACAGGCCAUCCCAGGUGUGAAUUCUUGAGAGAUGUAGCCAUAAAUUCAGAUGGCUACUUUCUUCUGUGUCCAGAAAGACGGUAGGAUUUUACUUUCCCUGGAAUGUGAAAUACUAAAUGGCCCUUAAGUUUUAGCUCUCAGCUUUUCAGUCGUUCUUGGUCACUUUUUUAACACCAGCAGGAGAAUACAGGGAGAAAGGGAAUUAAUCUGGACUUAACACCUUGUCCUUACCAGCAACGUUUAAUUUGUCCAUCGACACUGAAAACAAAAAUUCAUUGCAACACUGUCGGAGCCAAUUUUUAAUGUGUGGUUACACUAACGUUCAAAGGUUUGGGGUCCGUAAGAUAAGUCUCUUAUGCUCACCAAGGCUAUUUUGUUGGUCAAAAGACAGCAUUAUUGUAUUAUUAUUACAAUUUAAAAUAACUUCUAUUUAUUUUAAAAUGUAAUUUAUUUUUGUGAUGGCAAAGCUGAAUCAGUUUUAUAAAAAACUGUACAAUAAAUAUUUUUUUCAGG